UAUUGUUUCUAAAAUUGUUUAUUUUUCUAAUUUAUUUCUAUUUCUUUGAUCUAUUGUCUCUGACAUUUUUUUCCAUAAAUUAAUUUAAUCCAUUUAAUUGUUUAAACUUAUCAAAUUAAAUUUUUUUCAGUGUCAUUGUUAAUCAUGGGUAAAGGAAAAGCACAUAAGGGAGGCCGUCGUCAAUUCACCAAUCCUCAAGAUAUGGUUGCUAAACAGGAAAAGGAAGAAAAGGAAAGGGAAUGGAGAAAACGUCGAGGUGAAAUUGAGAGUAGCUCUGAAGAUGAAGAUGACAGUGAGGAGGAAGAAGAGACAUCAAGUGAGGAGGAAGAAGCCCCUGGUGUAGUAGCUCGAGCAGGUGGAAGUGGAGAAGCCGAUGGAAGUGGUGAUGCUAACAAGGCGGUUGAACCUUUGAUUGAAGUUAAUAAUCCAAAUCGAGCUGUUAAAAAACCAUCUAAGAAAGAGUUGGACAAUCUGGUAAAUGCUAAGGUUGAAUUGUCAAGACGAGAACGUGAAGAGCUUGAGAAACAAUUAGCCCGUGAACAUUAUGCCAAACUAACAAUGGAAGGUAAAACUGAACAAGCUCGUGAAGAUUUGGCUCGAUUAGCUGUGAUUAAAAAACAGAGGGAAGAAGCCGCUAAAAAAAGGGAAGAUGAAAAACGAUUAAAGGAAGAGGCCAAAACAAAGGCUGCCGCUGAUAAAAAGGUCGCUACCCGAUCAGUUGCUGCUUCAGUCACGGUUGCAAGUAGUAGUAGCGGAGAAAAGGGAAAAGGUCGAAAAAAGUAAAACCAACACAAACAAUUUUCCUCGUGAUUCUCAGAUUGAUUAUUUUGGUUUUCUUUUCUCUCUCUCUCUUUCCAUUCAUUAAUCAAUUGCAACAUGUUCAUUUCUCGAAAAUUGUCUCAAUCUUCUGAAUUAACAUGUCCAUCAUUCACUCAGUUAAUAUAAUGUAUUAUUAUAUUGUCCACAUUAAAGCGAAAACAAAACCAUUUUUGCCAUUGAAA